AUGGAAGUUUCUGCACGUGGCCUCGAUCAAGAGCGUGUUGGAAGUAUUGCAUUCGAUGUUAGUAUUUGCACAAAUCUGACGCCAGAUCAUCUAGGCUAUCAUGGUACUUUCGACCAAUAUAAACAAGCUAAAACGAUUCUCUUCGAAGAGUUGGCUAAAUCAUUCGCUAUUAUUAAUGGUGAUGAUGAUAAUGCACAACACUUUAUUGAUAAAGCAAAGAAAAUUGUAAAAGUAAUAACAUAUGGAAUUGCUCGAAAUGAUGACACAGAUAUCUACGCUAGUAAUAUUCAAUUGAAUAUCCAUUGUUUAAAGUUUGACAUAAAUAUUUCAACUACAAAUAUAGCGGAACAUAUUCAUAUUCCAUUUUUGAUUGGAAAAACUAAUGUUUAUAAUUCAUUGGCUGCAUUAGCAUGUGCACAUCUAGCACUUAAUAUCCCAUUGGAUAUAUGCAAGAAUGCUCUUGUAACAAUGCCACCUAUUUCAGGUCGUCUUGAGUUUGUUACCGAGCGACAGGAUCCAAUUACAGUGAUUAUAGAUUCAGCACAUACUCCCGAUAGCUUCAAAGAAAUACUCAACACAAUUAGAGACUGUGCAAUGGCUACUAAUAAAUUGAUCUGUCUAUUUGGUUGUCCGGGUAAAACGAGUCGUGCAAAUUAUUUACAUAUGACUACAAUUGCUCAACAACUACCCGAUAAAGUGAUCAUCACAAGGGAUGAUACAACAUCUGAAAAUCCAAAACAACUUAUAGAAGAGCUUUUACCAGGAUUUUCUUCAACGUCGGACAGUAAUGACAAUGUCAUCGUCGAAAUAGAUCGAAGAGAAGCAAUAAAGAAAGCUAUUUUGUCUAUUACACAAGAUGGUGAUAUAUUAGUUAUAUUAGGUAAAAGAUUCAAUAUCAGUCAAAUGCUCGAAAGCCGUAUGAUUGAUUUUGAUGAUCGCACAAUUGUAAAAGAAUGUAUUCAACAACGUAUUCAGCAUAAUUCAUAA